AUCAAAGGAAAGAAACUGCCGGCUUUCAAAAUCCUCCUCCUCCGCCAUCAUCCGCCGCCGUGCGGAGAGCAGGUGGUGUCGGAGGCAGAGGCGAGUGGCGAGAGCCGCCGGGAGAGCUGACGGACGAGCGGGCUGGGCAUCGGGACCGCUGGACUCGGAGGCGGCUACCCCGACCUGACCUGACCCGGACCCUAAAUCAGUCCCCGCCCCGCCGGGCGAACGCGCGCGCUCGUGUCGCCCCACGCGGCGGCGCCGCCGCCUGUUCACGUUUGCAGAUUGCGGGAGGAGCCUACGAACGUGGCCAACAUGGCCUCUGAAGACAUUGCAAAGCUGGCAGAGACGCUAGCCAAAACCCAGGUGGCCGGGGGACAGCUGAGUUUCAAAGGCAAGAGCCUCAAGCUCAACACUGCAGAAGAUGCCAAGGAUGUGAUUAAAGAGAUUGAAGACUUUGACGGCUUAGAGGCUCUGCGCCUGGAGGGCAACACGGUGGGUGUGGAAGCAGCCAGGGUCAUCGCCAAGGCCUUGGAGAAGAAGUCUGAGUUGAAGCGAUGCCACUGGAGUGACAUGUUCACGGGGAGGCUGCGGUCCGAGAUCCCACCAGCCCUGAUCUCACUAGGGGAGGGACUCAUCACAGCCGGGGCCCAGCUGGUAGAACUGGACCUAAGUGACAAUGCAUUCGGACCUGAUGGUGUGCGAGGCUUCGAGGCCCUGCUCAAGAGCUCCGCCUGCUUCACCCUGCACGAACUGAAGCUCAACAAUUGUGGCAUGGGCAUUGGUGGCGGCAAGAUCCUGGCAGCUGCUCUGACUGAGUGUCACCGGAAAUCCAGUGCCCAAGGCAAGCCGCUGGCCCUCAAGGUCUUUGUGGCUGGCAGAAACCGCCUGGAGAACGAUGGAGCCACUGCCUUGGCAGAAGCUUUUGGGAUCAUCGGGACUCUGGAGGAGGUCCACAUGCCACAGAAUGGGAUCAAUCACCCUGGCGUUACCGCCCUGGCCCAGGCUUUUGCCAUCAACCCCCUGCUGCGGGUCAUCAACCUAAACGACAACACCUUCACCGAGAAGGGCGCUGUGGCCAUGGCCAAGACCCUGAAGUCCUUGCGGCAGGUGGAGGUGAUCAACUUCGGGGACUGCCUGGUGCGCUCCAAGGGCGCCGUUGCCAUCGCAGAUGCCGUCCGCGGGGGCCUGCCUAAGCUGAAGGAGCUGAACUUGUCAUUCUGUGAAAUCAAGAGAGAUGCUGCUCUGGCCGUUGCCGAGGCCGUGGCGGACAAGGCUGAGCUGGAGAAACUGGACCUCAAUGGCAACACCCUGGGAGAAGAAGGCUGUGAGCAGCUCCAGGAGGUGCUGGAUGGCUUCAACAUGGCCAAGGUGCUGGCGUCCCUCAGUGAUGAUGAGGGUGAGGAUGAUGAGGAGGAAGAGGAGGAGGAGGAGGAGGAAGGAGAAGAGGAUGAGGAGGAGGAGGAAGAAGAUGAAGAAGAGGAAGAGGAGGAGGAGGAGGAGGAAGAAGAGCCACAGCAGCAAGAGCAAGGAGAGGAGUCAACCACACCAUCAAGGAAGAUUCUGGACCCUAACAGUGGGGAACCAGCUCCCGUGCUGUCCUCCCCGCCUCCUGUAGACGUCUCCACCUUCCUGGCUUUCCCCUCUCCGGAGAAGCUGCUGCGCCUCGGGCCCAAGAGUUCUGUGCUGAUAGCCCAACAGACUGACACAUCUGACCCGGAGAAAGUGGUCUCCGCCUUCCUGAAGGUGUCGUCUGUGUUCAAGGAUGAAGCCACCGUGAGGACGGCGGUGCAGGAUGCAGUAGAUGCCUUGAUGAAGAAGGCCUUCAGCUCAUCCUCCUUCAACUCCAACGCCUUCCUCACCAGGCUCCUCAUCCACAUGGGUUUGCUCAAGAGUGAAGACAAGAUCAAGGCCAUUGCCAACCUGUAUGGCCCUCUGAUGGCGCUCAACCACAUGGUACAGCAGGACUACUUCCCCAAGGCCCUCGCACCCCUGCUGCUGGCAUUCGUGACCAAGCCCAACGGCGCCCUGGAAUCCUGUUCCUUUGCCCGCCACAGUCUGCUGCAGACGCUGUAUAAGGUCUAGAUGCGAAGCGGCCUCUCCCCAUCCCUUGGCCUGGACCAGUGACUUGGGAAGGGACUCGGAUGAAUGACUCUGGCCAUAGGCAGGGAGGGUCUUUGUCACGUGUGUCGUGUCAGUCCCCCGAGUAUGUCUGUCGGUGUGGUGCUUGUGCAGGUGUGUGCUUCCUGUCGGCGUUUGAGUUUUUAAUGUCUCUCUGCGGACCUGGCCCUGGUCCCUCUGGAGGGGAGCUGGCCCCCAGGUGAAAGGGCUGCGAGCUGCUCUGCCAUUAAACUCCCUGCCAUCUGA